AUGUUUCUCCGUGAGAAGGUCAUUAUAACAGAGAGCAUCUUCCUUUCCAAAAUGAAGGCUUCACAAGCCAAUGAUCCUGAUUGUCACAGGCCGUCUAAAACUGGAGCAGAAGAUGUCGUUGUGGAAUCAACGAUGAAAGUCUGGGGGUGGCGGAAUGGUCGGUGCAAGGCGCUCAGAAGAAACGCGCAUGUGGCGACGCUUCCAAUCUUGGAACCUUGGAAGCGUUGUGGAGCAUCAGCAGAUCAAACGCUGCCAAGCAACGACGUUAAAACGCAAAUGGCUCGCCAGGUUACUAAUAAGCGCCCCCCGCCUUUCGCCUGUCUCACGGGCGUGGCUGUGGGGACAUCGUUUCCACCGUCUUCUGUCGAAUGGCUCGAAGUUACCACGUAG